CGGUUGGUAAGCACCAGAUGCCCAGGCCUUUGAUAUUAAAUAUCAGCUGGGCUCUCAAUCCCUCCACGCUAGCAUCAUUCUUCUGUUCACAGGUAUCUGGCCUCUAGUCUCAACCCCCAAAACCUCUAGAAAAUGGCAGCUUCCACCCGGGUUCUGGUCUUGGGAGGCCAUGGUAAAAUUGCGCUGUUCCUUCAACCAAAGCUCCUCGCAAAGAACUGGCACGUCACCAGUGUCAUCCGCAACCCCGAACAUGAAAAGGAGAUCUUGGCCCUAGGUAAGAAUCAACCGGGCAGAAUUGAUGUCUUGAUCGACAGUCUGGACGAUAUUCAAGAAACGAGCCAAGCCCAAAAAGUGCUCGACAAAGUCAAGCCAAAUAUCGUGGUCUGGUCAGCCGGAGCUGGAGGAAAAGGUGGCAAGGAUCGGACAAGGGCCGUCGACGAGGUGGCAGCCAAGGCAUACAUUUCAGCAUCUCUAGCUACCCCAACUGUCACCAAGUUCCUCAUUGUUUCCUAUAUCGCUUCAAGAAAAGGCUACCCGCCCUGGUGGACUGACGAAGACCGAAAAGCCGCAGACCGUGUCAAUUUCGAAAUCCUCCCUCACUACUUCAAAGCAAAGGUAGAAGCGGAUGAACACCUUGCACUGUUGGCCAAGAAACGGUGGGAUAGUGGGGACAAGACAUUCCAGGCCAUCAACCUUCGUCCUGGUACCUUGACCGAUGAUCCAGCCACAGGUUUGGUCUCUUUAGGAAAGACCACCGCCAGGGGUAAUGUGACCAGAGAGGAUGUCGCAACUGUGGCCGCCGCUCUCCUCUCGCGAUCUGAUACAAGAGGUUGGUACGACUUACUGGAAGGAAAGGACAAGAUCGACGACGCAAUCGAUGCUCUCGUCAAGAAUAAUCACAAUGGAUUAGAGGGAGAGGAUAUGGAGCGAAUAUAUGCCCGCUCCGAGUAGGCACUUGGUUGACGAGUCCAAUGCGGAACACCACACGGGUAGCAAUAGUGGUCAAAAGUACAUUUCAUCGAAUCACAUGAUCUUUUGACUGACUCGACUCGCAUCCUGUCAUCCUGUCAUCCUGUCCUCUGUAGAACGAAAUAACCGAAGGGAAGACAGCAACUGCCAUUGAGCAUACUCUGCACGUCCGUAAAGUGUAGAGGGAAGUUAUGAGGGAAGUUUUGAGACUCAUGCGCCGUGCUUUCCACAACCAACCUCAGAACUCUGCAAGCAUGCAACGAGGGGUGAGCUCAAGAUCACAGUCUCUGUUGGUCUGGAAGAGGGGCAUCAUUCCGUUGAACCCUUGUCAGGUCAAGCUAAGUCCGAAGAAAGUCUGGUCCCAUUAGUCUUCGGUCGAAAGAUGGCCACUUCCAAAAGGCCUCUACUGGCUGAU